CCGUUUGAAGACCUCAGCGGGUCGGGGGGGGGGGUGUCUAGCUAUGGCUGCUCGGGGAUCGGGGGCCGCCCAGAGCCUGGGGGGCCGCGCUGGACGCUGAAUUACAGUGCAGGCAGAGCGUAGAAGCGAGCGACCGUCGGGGCGCCGGCAGUGGAGGAGCGAGGCGCACCAUGCGCCCCUGCCCGCCGCCGCCGCUGCGGGUGCCGGUGCUGCUGCUGGUGCUGCUAUCCGGCGCCGCACGCACGGUUGGAGCCCUGCCCCGCCUGUGUGAUGUGCUACGUGUGAUGCAGGAGGAGCAGACCCAGUGCCUGCAGGAGCUCUCCAGAGACAGAGAGGAUGCGAGCAUGGAGCUGCCAGUGCCAGGCUGUGAGGGGCUGUGGGACAACAUGAGCUGCUGGCCCUCGUCUGCACCAGGACAGAUUGUGGAAGUGGAGUGCCCCAGGUUCUUCCAGAUGCUCACCGGCAGAAACGGGUCCCUGUUCCGAAACUGCACCCAAGAUGGCUGGUCAGAAACCUUCCCCAGGCCUGACCUAGCCUGUGGGGUCAACGUGAAUGAUUCCUCCAAUGAUAAACGGCACGAGUAUCUGCUGAAGUUGAAGGUCAUGUACACAGUGGGCUACAGUUCCUCCCUGGUGAUGCUCCUGGCCGCCCUCAGCAUCCUGUGUGCUUUCCGGAGGCUGCACUGCACCCGCAACUACAUCCACAUGCACCUGUUCGUGUCCUUCAUCCUGAGGGCCCUGUCCAACUUCAUCAAGGAUGCUGUGCUCUUCUCCUCGGAUGACGUCACCUAUUGUGAUCCCCACCUGGUGGGCUGUAAACUGGUCAUGAUCUUCUUCCAGUACUGCAUCAUGGCCAACUAUGCCUGGUUGCUGGUGGAAGGCCUCUACCUUCACACACUCCUGGCCAUCUCCUUCUUCUCAGAAAAGAAGUGCCUGCAAGGAUUUGUCACCCUUGGAUGGGGUUCUCCGGCCAUUUUUGUUGCAUUAUGGGCUAUCACCAGGUACUUUCUGGAAGAUGUUGGGUGUUGGGACAUCAAUGCCAAUGCUACCAUCUGGUGGGUCAUUCGAGGUCCUGUGAUCCUCUCCAUCCUGAUCAAUUUCAUCUUCUUUAUAAACAUUCUAAGAAUCCUAAUGAGAAAACUUAGAACCCAAGAAACAAGAGGAAGUGAAAUGAACCAGUACAAGCGCCUGGCCAAGUCCACACUCCUGCUCAUCCCCCUGUUUGGCAUCCACUACAUCGUCUUCGCCUUCUCCCCUGAGGAUGCUAUGGAGGUCCAGCUGUUCUUUGAACUGGCCCUGGGCUCCUUCCAGGGGCUGGUCGUGGCCAUCCUCUACUGCUUCCUCAACAGCGAGGUGCAGCUGGAAGUUCAGAAGAAGUGGCGACAGUGGCACCUGCAAGAGUUCCCGCUGCGCCCUGUAGCCCUCAGCUCCUCCUUCAGCAAUGGCCCCAUCCAUGGCACCAAGAGUCAAAGCACCUGCAGGGCCAGUGUCAUCUGAGACUGCGGCAGGACUGCCUAGGGUCAGAGGUCAAGCCAGGAGCUGGGAGGGCCAGGCAUGCUACAGGACAGGUAUCUUCCCAACAGCAGCCACCCUGUGCUCUCCAGUGACUGCAUGCACCCCUCCUCUCAAGUGCAGGACUCCUCAGAAGCAAGCAGAAGGAACUUGGGGGCAGCAUGGGGAGGACAAGGGCCCAGGACUUUGUGUAUAGUGCUCUUCUGGGAAGGGCAGUGUAGGAGCUCCAUGGUGGGCAGAAGAAUAAAUGGUGCCUGGGAAGAGAUUUGGUCUGUCUUUGUCAAGUCUUUUUGCUCUGGAACACAAGAGGAGGAAAAAUACUUGGGCUCACUUCCUGCAGGAGGCGGGGCAACUCUUGGCCCUGAGCUCACGGUUUCAGACACCGUGAGAAUUCAAGGCCUCAGGCACAUGCCAUCUGUCAGCCCUGCAAUUCACUGGUGUAGUAGCUCUCCCCAGAGCUUUCAAGGCCCAAGGUAAACUGAUCUGAUGCAGUCAUGGGGACCCUAGCCUCUUGUAGAAUCUCUGCAUGGUGUGAGGCAUAUGGGGUGUGGGGGCGGGGAGAAGGUGGUAUAGCAGGAAGUACUGCAUGCUUCCACUGGCUGGGAAGGUGGCUCAGUGGUAGAGGGCUUGCCUUGCAAG